AUGAGCAGGUACGUUCAUGGGUCUUCUGUGCUCCUCAUUUUCUCAUACUUUACUAUUGUGUUGUGUCAACUCCCUCCAACCCAGAGGAAAGCCAUAGCCAAUCUCUCCACUCUGUUUAAUGAAGAAAACCAAGACCCUUGCUCAUGGAAGCGAGUCACUUGUACCAAAGACAAUAGGUCCAUAACCCAUAUUUCCCUAUCUGCUUUGAGCCUUUCCACUUCUGAUUUCCCAAAUGGUGUAUGUCAGAUUUAUUCUCUACAGCUUCUUGAUGUCUCCAACAAUCUUCUGAGCUCCAUCCCACAAGAGUUUCUCAGAAAUUGCAGAAGGCUUACUGGCUUAAAGGCAUUGAAUUUUAGUAGCAACUCUUUGUCUGGUAUAUUACCUUCUUUUGAUGGUUUUGGUGGGUUGCAGACCUUGGACUUGUCUUCUAAUUCGUUGGGAGGAAAUAUUACUUCUCAGUUUGAUGGAUUGAUUGGACUCAGAAGCCUGAACCUAAGCAAAAAUACAUUUACUGGGUUUCUUCCAACCAACCUUGGUAAUUCCAUGGUUUUGGAGGAAUUGCAGCUCUCUUCCAAUAAAUUCAUUGGUGGAAUACCUAAGAAACUUAUGGAUUACAGAAAUCUUACUUUACUUGAUCUCAGUAUUAAUAAGCUUUCUGGGCCUGUUACAGAUAGGAUAGGGAAGCUCUCCAGGUUGGAAACGCUCCUCCUGUCUGACAAUAAUCUGAGUGGAGUUAUUCCUGAGAAUAUAUCUAGAAUGGAGACCCUACGGUGGCUUGGUGCAAAUCAAAACCGGUUUUCAGGUACAAUUCCUCAUGGAAUUUCAAGGUAUGUGAGGCAAUUGGACCUUAGCUAUAAUGGGUUAAAUGGGUCGAUUCCCUCAGAUUUUCUGUCACCUCCAAAUUUGCAGUUUGUUGAUCUAUCUUACAAUUCGCUAGAGGGGGCAAUUCCAACAAAUGUUUCCCAUAGUCUGACCAGAUUGCGACUAGGGAGCAAUUUUCUCAAUGGAAGCAUCCCUUCUUUAGCUGGUGGAUCACUCAGGAAAUUAACCUAUCUUGAGCUCGACAAUAAUACAUUAAGUGGGGCAAUUCCCCCAGAAUUGGGAAGCUGCAAUAGUUUAUUGUUGUUGAACCUUGCACACAAUAAGCUGAUAGGUCCAUUUCCAAAAGAAUUGGGUAAUCUUCAACAUCUUGAGGUUCUUAAGCUACAAUCCAACAGCCUGGUUGGAGAAAUUCCUGAUCAAUUCUCCGGGUUACAGAACUUGUUGGAAUUGAACAUAAGCAAAAAUUCAUUUUUUGGUUCAAUCCCAUCAGUAGUUUCUAGCUCUAAGAGACUCGAAAGAUUCAUCUUAAAUGACAACAAGUUCAGUGGUUCAAUACCUGAUUCAGUCGGGGUUCUGGAACAUCUGCUGGAACUCCAGCUGGGAAACAACAGGAUAAAUGGGAAUAUUCCAAUGAUGCAAAAUGACCACCUACAAACACUCAACCUCAGCAGCAACCUCUUUGAAGGACCCAUCCCUGUAACUCUUAACCGACUACAUGGUUUAGAGGUUCUAGAUCUGUCAAACAACAACUUUUCUGGUGAGAUCCCAAUAUAUCUGACUCAUCUAGGGAGUCUUUCAAAGUUGUUGCUUUCCAAUAAUAAUCUCUCAGGAACCUGUCCAAAUUUUACUCAACCAGGGAUCUUGCUCAACACUACUGGAAAUAAGGAUUUAAUAACAACUCCAACACCUUUGAACCCAACAAACUUGAGCCCUACCCAUACUUCGCAGACGAGAAGAAAUUCAGAUACAGUCAUAAUUGUUGUUGCAGUUGGCAGUGCUGUAGUUGCUGUUGGGAUUAUUGGAGUGAUUCUUAUAUUAGUCGCAAGACGCUGCUAUAGAAUCCAUUAUGAGAGCCCAAUACCUGAAAACCAAUUCCCCUUCCCCCGGGUAAUCAGCUAUCAUAUGAUGACAACAAGUGUGAUUCACAGAUCAUGUAUUGACUUCAGUGCAGCCAUGGGAGCAGUUGUUAGUCCUGCCAACAUCUUGUUGAAGAGCAGAUUCUGUACCUAUUAUAGGGCCAUUAUGCCUAAUGGGACAAGUUAUUAUGUGAAAAAGCUCAACUGGAGUGGAUUCUUAUCCCAACUGGGGAGACGUGAAAUGUUUGAAGAAAAGCUAGAGGUCCUAGGGAGGCUAAGAAACUCAAAUAUCAUGAUCCCUCUGGCCUUUGUUUUGACUGAUAAUUGUGCUUAUCUCAUCUAUGAAUAUUUUCAGAAGGAAACUCUCUUCAAUCUUCUUCAUGGAAGCUCGGGAAGUUUUUUGGAUUGGGCAAGCCGUUACAGCAUAGCUAUUGGUGUAGCUCAGGGUCUGGGUUAUCUCCAUAGUUGUGCCACUCCUGGGCCGAUUCUCAUGCUUGACCUUUCAACUAAAAACAUCCUACUGAAAUGCCUGGAGCCCCAGAUUGGGGAUAUUGAGCUAUGUCAUGUUAUUGAUCCUUCAAACAGCAUGGGGAGUCUUUCAACAGAUAAUUGUUCUGUUGGGUACAUUCCUCCAGAGUAUGCCUACACAAAGAGGGUGACAAUGCCUGGGAAUGUCUACAACUUUGGUGUUGUCCUUCUGGAGUUGCUGACUGGAAAACCAGCAGUUAACGAAGGGAUUGAGUUGGCUAGGUGGGUAUUGAGUAAUUCAACACAACGUGAGACCUGGGAUAAGAUCCUUGAUCCUAAUAUCAGCAAAACAUCAGCUAGAGUUCGAGGUCAAAUGCUAUCAGUCCUAAAGAUUGCUCUAGCUUGUAUUAGUGUCUCACCAGAAGUGAGGCCAAAUAUGAAGAAUGUGCAGAAAAUGCUGUUCAAUGCCAAAUGCAGAUAAGUGCAAUGGGGAUUUACUUAAUGGUAAGAGUAGCUGUCAGCUACGUCCCAAACAUUCAUCAACGAUGGGUAAAUUACUUCCAUCUACCAUGAAAACAUAAUGUAUGCACCAAACUUGUUUUCUUUUGUAACUCAUUGCUGAUUUAAGUUCUAGUUUUCUUCAUUUUACUCAUGCUUUCAUGAACUCUA